AUGGAGCAGCGAGCACUUUCGUCUCUCCCUACUGGGUCAAGAAAACUUGUCUUCUUCAGAAUUGCGUCGGCUGUUGCUGCGUCUGAAAAGAAACGGGGCACCCCAGAGGAGAUCAUUCGAUACCCGUUCCUGUGCCUGGUUCCAAAUUUCUUCCUUGUUGUCAUCUCCCGUCGCUCUCCACUCUUACCAAGUUGGGCAAGCACGCUGAUGUGGGCUCAUCUUUCCCGCGGCCAGGGACAGAACUAUCCUCGCCUAAGAAGGAAAAGGAUAAAAGCCUCAAUGGCAGCCUCUCCACCAUCCUCUUUCUCGGCCUCCUCGUCCUCAUCCUCUUCUCUCUAUCCGUCCUCCUGGAGCUCAAUCCACUCUCCCCCAUUGCUCAGCACCAAUCUCUCCCCGUCCUCCUGGUCGCCCUCGCAUCGUCCUUCACCAGCUUCAGCCCGAGAUCAACUGGAAAGCCUGAUCGCCAAGCACGGUCACCCCACUCGAGUCUCACUAUCGUCCUUGCGUGACCUGACAGCGACCUCGUCCACAUAUAAUCCACCAUCGCCGCUGUCUCCUCGCUCGCCCGCUUCGGAAAUUUCAGAAUUGUCUGAUACUCUUGUCCUCAGCCGUUCUACCUCGCGUCCAAUUCCCAUACCAAAACCGCCGAGUAGUCCCUACGAUUCAGAUCUGCCCGUCACCCCGUUGACCGGGCGUUUUGAAAAGGACUAUUUCCCGCAGUCUGAUCAGUCCAAGUCUUGGAGGAACCGCGAGAGUGUGUCCCGGCUGGACAGUGACCGCUAUCGCCGCCCUUCAUACCACAAGCCAUCCUCCAGAAUGCGUUCUGAUAGCUCCUCGUACUAUUCGCCGGUCAUGUCGCCCAGCAUGUCACCCUCAACCCGCUCCGCAUCUCCACAGCCAACACGCUCCCGCCCUCACAACUCGGCGAAGUCUGUGCCAGCCUUCCAUCUCGGCAGUCUGCCUCGGUUCCAUCCCGCUGUCUACCAGCCUUCGAACAACACCCAGAGUUUGGCCGCACAGCCUCCGUCACCCCGGCAUUCCCGUCAGCAGUCGUACUGGACGUCAAGCUCUCGUGACACGCUGAGACAAUACAGAGAAUUGGUGGAAAGCGUCACUCUCUCCAAGGCACCCUCUCGACCGCUCUCGCCGAGUCCCUCUGCCCCAAGGCUAGACCCUUUACGCAGCCCGGGACCUGUGACUCCAUUGGCUCUGGAGGAGACCGGUGGCUACUUGACCAUCGGUGCAACGAGCUCAGAUUUUUCGUCAGGCGACUCUCAAAGCUCCAGCGCUGCGCCAGAUUUGGUCGAGAAGCUCAUUGCUCGCGAAGCCGAGCGGGCUCGCCAGAAGUCGCGAAAGAGCUCCAAGAAUUGGUGA